AGAAUCCUGUCUGCUUUUGAAAGUAAAUAAUAUAAGCAGUGCAUUAUAUUAUUGCAUUUAAAUUUCAAAGAAAUAUAUCGAGCUCAUGCAGCGUUAUCUCAUAAAGUUCGCGUAUUCGGGAAUACGAUUUCGGGGGUUACAGAAGCAACCUGGAGAAAUAUUCAAUGAAGAAUUUCCCUGCCGGGCUUCAAUUCAGACAAUCUUUGAGAAAGCGUUAUUAAGGCUCCGUCAAUACGAGAAAGCCUCUGAAGCUAACAUCCAGUUUUCGAGCCGAACAGAUCGAGGAGUGCAUUCUUUUUGUAAUGUAGCUCAUUUCGAUCUAACACUUCAGAAAGACGGUAGUGCCCUCUCACCACAUAGACUUAUGAAGAUUCUAAACACAUACUGUGAAAAAUCUGAUAUCAGUCUUUCAGUGAGUAAUGUGGAAGCUGUGCCUUCUACAUUCCAUUCAAGAUAUUCAAGUUUUUACAGGCACUACCUUUACAGAAUAGCUGUCACAGAUAAAGAUGUGAAAGCAUAUCCAAUUGUUGAGUGGAAAAAGUGCUAUUUCAUCCCAAAACCAUUUUGCUUGGACAAAGCUGUUAAAGCCUGCCAAUUAUUUGAAGGAACAAAAGAUUUUGCAUCAUUCUGCCAUCAUUUCAAACAGCAACCGUCAGGAUACCCAACCAUUCGUACUUUAGAUCAUUUUUACAUUAAACCUGGAAGGCCGCUCUUUGAUCCUGUUUACGAUCCUUUGUAUUCUAAUAUUGAGUUUUACGAUUUUCACGUCAAGGCUAGGUCCUUUAUGUACAAACAAGUGCGGCGGAUGGUGUCAGUUGUUUUAGCGCUAGCGCAAGGUCGUAUGGAUUUGGAUCAAGUGAGACAACUAUUUGAGCAGCCAGGAGAGUGGAAUCCGAGAGCAAUAACUGCUCCGCCUUACGGACUUUACCUUCUCAACGUUGACUAUAAGAUUCCUCAGGAUGAGCAACCUCAGAGACCUGUUGAAAAUCAAGGGAAAGAAUUUGCGCCGAGUGACAACUAGAGUAACAUUGCCAAACGGGCGAGUGUUUCAUGAAGGAGACGGGAUGACGAUCGAAAGUGGAAAAAGUUAUGGUUUUGUUGUCGACAACACACCUGACUUGCAGCUUGGACAGGUGGAACACGGCAUUUACAUCGCUUCUCAAGA